AUGGCUUCUAGUUCUGUUAGUCAAGAAGAUUUAGAAAAUGAUUUUGAAUUGACAUCAAGACGAUCUCGUAUCAGGACAGCCAGAGCAAGAACAGUAAAUCCUUCAAGAAUGGAAUCAAAUGGUGACACUACUGAAGAAACAAUUAGUAUCUCUAAAAUACCGGAUACGUUAAAUAUUACAAAUUGCGGCCAAGAACAUGAUGCCAGUCCGAAACCAUUGAGCAGGUCGAAAGACAAAAGAGUUAACAGAUGUGUUCCAUCUACUGGAGGAAGCACUGGAGAGGAUGAAGAUGAUGUACUCUCUGCUUCUGGUGAAACAAAACAAAACACUCAAAACGAAAAUAUAUUAACACCUCCUAAGUCAUUUCAUCAAAGAUGCAACAAGAGUCCUUCAGAUUUAGAUGCAGAUGAUGAAGAUAAUCAAAAUCAGUCAGAUUCAACUGUAAGUAGUCUUGUACAAGUUCCCGAGCAACAAACAAGAGCGAGGCCGGGUACUCCUACAGGGGAUACUAUUGUGGAGGUAACACCAAUGAAAAAUGAUUUGUCAAAAAUCAUAAUUAGUUGGAAAAUAUCUGCACCAGUUAUCCAAAAAACAUAUUCACUCUUAUUUGCUUAA